AAUACCAACGCAACCGGCUGGGAUUGAACCUAGAAGCAGUCACGGUUACCUCUCAAUUGAUCUGGUCAAUUUUUAAAUGCACGGAAUUUUCCCGGUUUGUUGGUGAUAAUAAAAUCCCUUUUCCGGUUUUGUUGGUACAGUUACGGACAUGAUUGCGAAAAUUAGGUCGAUAAUAAGACAAAAUUGUCUAGAAGAAAUUCAAAAUUUGAAUUGUCGCAUGUCACCAAAAUCCGCGCUUUCCUCAACUAGACGUGGGGAGAUGUCUGUAGAAAAGUGGACAUCAUUUGACGGAAGAUAUUUUCAGAUUAUUGACUCAUAGACAAAAUUUAUGUGUAUCAAACAAAGGUAGCUAGCUUGACAAUUUUAUGAACGAAGACCAACGAAAAGCGUUGCUUUAUAGAUCGCUCUGGUUUAGCGCUGUAUAGGUGACAUGGGAACAGAACCGGGAGUAGUACACAGGUGGCCAGCGAGUGGCCCUUCGGUCAACGAUGAUGGGUGGGCGGCGAAUGUUUUCAUCGCAUUCGCAGUUGCGGAUAGUGUAUUUUUUUUUAUUUUGAUACUAGGCCUGAUAUUUAUAGACAGUACGCGAUUCAGUCGACUCAAAUAUAUUUCAUUACGAAUGGUUUGAGUCAGCAGCAUCGCGGUGACUCGCAAUUGUUGACCGCAUCAGCAAAUGGUGAAUCAGAAGCUUGAGUGAAUCAAAUAGAGAUUGUCAUCUAGUGAGAAAUUAGGGAAUAGUAGUUGUAACCCAUACCAUGCCAGUGAAUGGAAGCAAUCGACCACCUUGGCUAAAGGAUAGACUUGAGACAGUGAAUAAAAACGUUCCACCUGCGUGGGCACGGAAAAAUUCGACGACAACCGAUCCCAGUACGGAUUCUACAGAUUCCAAAACUUCGACCAAAGGUGAAAAGUGUGAAAGCAAAACGGCUCCAAUUGUAAAGAAACCAACAACUGCUGCUCCAGCAGCUGCAGCAGUUAAGGAAAAUGGUGAACCACCCAAAACCACCGCCAAGCUUCAAUCCAGAGAGAUCAAGGUUCCAGUCGUGGUUCAACACAAGAAACCUGUUCAACCACCUCUCACCAAACCAGGACCAAUGAUCAAAAACACCACUCCACAAAUGACGGUGCUUCGGGAACCCGCCAAACCGAAACCCAAACCCAAAGAACCUUCUCCGGAAUCCGAAUCCGAAGAGGAAGAGGAAGAAGAAGAAGAGGAAGAGGAAGAAGAGGAGGAGGAAGAGGAAGGCAGCACCGAGUAUGAAACGGAAACGGAAUCUGAAGAAGACUCCCUACCGCCACCGCCAGUUAAAAAGCCGGAACCAAAACGGGAACCAUCUCCGUCGAAACCCAAAAUUCCCAUCCAGUUGAAAAAAAUCUCCAAAAGCCCGGAGAAAACCGACACCGACAGCAAAUCUUCCAAAUCGGAGAAAUCUUCCUCCCCGGAACCGAAGACCUUCAUCAAACCUCCACUGAAGAAAGUGAUCCGACCCCCACAAGAUGAACGCAAGGAACGAUCCGCCUCACCGGAACCUAAAGGUUUCCGCGUGCAGCUACGUAAGGUGCCCUCAAACCUGAAGGCACCGCGCUUGAAGGAGAAGCUACCGGAAGUUCAGCUGAAGCGCGUGGAAAAGCCACUGCUCGAGGAAAUACCCAAGAAGGAGGAAGCCUAUCCGCACAAACCGUCUAUGCUCAAGUCGGAGAGCAGUAAACGAAUUCCACCACCUCCACCGAUGCCCAAAUCAAACAUCCCACCACCACCUCCACCACCGCCGAAGCUGGGACCCCCACCGGAAUUUAAAAAAGAUGAAAUCUCCUAUAAACAUAAAGAGGUGAUCGAAAAGCUGAAAAAACGACCGCGUAGGCGACCGGACUGGUCCGACAUGAUGAAGGAGGUGGAACAGGGUAAAAAGCUGCGUCACGUUGAAUGCAAUGAUAGAUCGAAGCCGAUCGUGCACUGCAAGUCCAUCACAAAGGUCAAGGAUCAAUUUAUUUUUGAAACUGAAAAAGCUACGGUUCACAAUGUGCUCCUCAAAGAAAUCCAAAGCGGCGUUAGACUGAAACCGACCAAAUGUAAUGACCGCAGUAAGCCUAUUUUACAAGGAUUACGCAAAUUCCGCCGGCAGAUGACUCUGGAAGAGCAGCUGGCAAAAUCCGAAUCUAGAGCUAACUUGGAAGCGCCGCCACCGGACGAGGAAGAAGUCGAUGAAAUGGACGACAUCGAUAAGGUUCGUGACGAUCUGCAGAGUACAAAGCAGCUGCUGGCCAUGGAAUUGCGCAACAACGAAGCACUAGAGCGCGAGAACAAACGGCUAUUGCAGCGGGUACAAAACCUGGAGGGUGAACUGUCCCGAGAGCGAUGGAAUCCGAUGAGCGGAGAAGAGAAGAGCUCGAUUUCCGGACCGGAUGCCGAAUUGAUCCAGUCGCUGAAGAAGGAAGCUGUCGAAGGACAAAAGCAGUCCAAGCAGCUCGAGGAAAAAUAUCAAACCGUGGCCAAGGAGCUAGAUGUAGCCAGUAAGCAAAACGAAGAGCAGAAGAGGAAAAUUGCAGAACUGGAGAAGAAGCUGCAGUGCUUAACGGAUGAUGACUUCUAUUUGAAGGAACAUCAGGGCAUCACGGACAACGUUCCGCGUCGCACCAGCGAGGCUGCUAAUCAGAAGGAAAGCUCACCGGAACUGGCACCCGAUGAGGAGGAAGAGGAAGAAGAGGAAGAGGAUGAGGAAAAGAAGGCCGAAAAGAUAGCCAAACGGUUGAACCGGGAGGUCAACAUGCUGGCGGCUCGACUGAUUCGACUGAAAGAAAAGGAAGAGGAGAAACAUGCCGAGCGGCACGCCUUGAAAUAUACCAUGAAGACUAACCAGUAUGCGCUGAAAAACGAGCUGAAGAAAUACAAAAAACUGCAGAAGGAAGUCGAAAAGAUGGCUGCAAUGAUGAAAAUGGAAGACGAGGACGAGGACGGAGAGGAGCCCAAGGAACCACCACCGGAGGAACCUGAAGAAGAGGAGGAGGAAGAGGAAUCCGAGGAGGAAAGCGAAUCGGAAUCAGAAUCAGAAAGUGAUAAUGAAAGCGUGAAUGAAGCAGAGGACGCCCCAGACGAGAAGAAGAAAAUUAACCUAGAGCCACGGGUAAAACGACACGAGAAUCGAUUAGCGUCGCUGAAGAAGGGCAACUACUUCCUGCAAGCGAACGUUGAUCGAAUCAAAGAUGAAAUCAACAAAACGCGGGAAACGUGCUGUACCCUGCAGGCAGAUUUGGACUCAGUUAUAGCCGACCUAGGAUAGAUAUCUACAUUUUAGCCCAAAUUAAAAAUCAUUGCAUACAGUUUUCUAUAAAUCUAAAGAAACGAUGUUGAACUUAAUUGAGCGUAUCAAAACAUAUUGCUGUAUUUACCGUACACACCAUUAUUCAAGUGCAAUUUUUACCAUUCUAGUUACACGUAAGUCCCACACAGCGGAAACUUUUCAUAUUAAAACACCUAAAGCAUAUUUUUCAUCCUUCAUCUCUACAAGCAACGACAUUGAACCAUUUUUUUUACAGAAAACAGAUCACAAAAAAAAACUGAAGAAAAAUAUGUCCGGCCACGGGAAAAGGCGGAGCCGGUCUUUGGCACACGCAAGAGUAUUUAUUUUAUCUGUAUUUUUGCAAUUGGAAAUGAAUAAAAUACAACAUACCUGAAUUGAACUCAGUUUAAUCUA